GCUGCUCUGGCUUCUACGUCGUUGCAGUUGGUUAAAAUUAAGUUUGCGUUGCAUUUUGGUGUUAAAUAUGCUUGAAUUGUUGUCAAUGCCGUGAUCAAACAGUGUCCAGUGCCACAAGUGCUUGGCAAAAAUGUAAAUGCUACAGUUUUGAUAGCAAAACGCGUAUAAAAUUCCAUGAACGCCAAACGAAAAAAAUCUUCCGAAUCGAACAAUUCAAACAUACACAUAGUGCCGCACCGUUCACACCGAAGCGCUGAUAUAGUACCGCAGUGAGUGCGAGCGAGCCAAGCAGUCGUGUGCGCAGAUAACAUAUAUUUGUGUACCUACCUCUCUUGAAGUGAAAAGCAGAGAAGCGGAAAUGAGUGAAACGACGGCGACAAAACCAAACCCAAACGAUGUAGCCAAGCUUGAAGAUCAGCGGCAUGUGGCAAGUGUUAAGACAUCCAAAGUGAGCGAGCCAGAAGCAACAACAACUCCCAUGGACACGGAUAAAGUGCAGGCCCAAGACCAAGAUCAUGGCUUGUGUGUAAAGCAGUUAAGUUGCGCAGCGAGCACCGAGGAUAUCAAUACGUUGACGCCGUCGACUCCAUCACAGACGCCGCCACAGCUGCUGGCGGCUGAGACGACGACCACAAGCACAACCACAAAAACGGCAACAGCGUCAAGUGCUGCUGCCACGGGUGCAGCAGCAGCGGUAGUAACAGCAGCAGCAGCCAUACCCGAGAAUAUAUUAUCACCGCCCAAGUCCGAAACACAAACGGAUGAGACGAAUACGGCCACAUCGACGUCAUGCUCACCAGCUUCUGAAGGUCAGUGCUCGCCGAAAGCAAGAGCAGAGCAACCGAAACAGAAGCAUCAGCAGCAGAAGCAGCAGACACCAACAAAAAGGGAAACAACUCCAAAGCAGGAGCUGGCACAAGAUCAGGCGGAAACAACUGUCAACGGCACCAUACCAAAGACGGGCAAACCGCUUGUAACGGCGCUUAACAAGAAACUAAACAAGUCGGCCUCCACAUCACCGCGUGCGUCGCGUGCGCGCAAGCCAAAAGCCUUGCCCAUGUACGAAAGCGAGAUCAGUGACAACAAGACGGGCAUCAAGCUGUGCAUAAAAAAGUCGGAUGCGAUUACGGCCGAGUUGGCAGUGGGCACAUCGACAGUCGCAUCCCCAGCGCUGCCAGCUCCAAGAUCAGUAGCUGCAUCGAAGCCAGCACGUAAACGCGUUCGGAAACCAAAGCCCCAGGAUAGCGAUGAGGGCGAGUACGAACCGCGGAAGAAAAAAGCGGGCGGCGGAAGCAGCAAUAACGGCCAGAAGAAGUCAUCGACGAGCACCUCAGUUCAGGCAGAGGACGAUGACGAGCCAGGCGAGCAGAGUGUGUGGGCUGAAAAGUUACCUGAAGAAGUACUCUUUCGUAUUUUUGAACAUGUUAUCGAUACGGAGGGCUGUUUGCCCACACUAUUUAAGCUGGGGCGCGUGUGCUCGUUGUGGCGACAGGUCUCACUGAGGCCAGUGCUGUGGCGCACAAUGGACUUGACCACUUGGAUAAAGGAAAAGUAUCGUACAGAACUCAAACUCAAGUGGUUUGUGGACAAUCGCUGUAGUGCCUGUACCGAAUUGAAUGUUUCAAAUUUUAAGAUAUCAGACAUCAAUUGCUUUCUAGCAAAACUGUCUAAUGGCUGUCCGAAUCUAACGGGUAUUACGUUAUCUGGUUGGAAAGGUUUCUUUUCGGAUCAUUUGUCAUUUCUGGUCGACAAUAUGAAAAAAUUACAGCGUUUAGACUUGAGCUCCAUCAAUGUCGAAAUGAAUGCUAGCAAGAGUGCUGUGGGCGUUAACUCUCUCUGCAGUGCAUUGCAGACAAUGGGAACUCGCUUGACCCAUCUCUACUUGGCACACAACCGUCUGGCGGGAAUACCCAAUAUUGUCAGCGUACUUGCGGCGCACUGCCCAAACUUGGAGCUCUUAGAUCUCUCAAACGUGACCACACAGGCAACAUCGCACGGCGUGCUGUACAUCGAGAAGCUGCAGCAUGGCUGCCAGAAGCUGAAGGUGCUCCGUGUAACCAACUCACAUAUAACACCAAGCACGGCCAGCAUGCAGGAGAUUAUGGACUCGCCCGGAUUUCCCAAUCUCGAGGAGCUAUCCGUGGCCGCUCUAACCGAUGAAUCCCGCAUCAUAGGUGAUGAUCAUUUGCAGCGCAUAUUGAAAAGCAGCUCCAAGCUGAAGCUGCUGGAUGUGCGCAAUUGUACACGUCUGACGCACGAGAGUCUUAUUCGGCUGCCAGCAUGGGAUAUCAAGCAUUUAUUCCUAUCGGGCUGCUCAGUCACUCGUGAUAUGGGAUCUGGUCUCGAACUCAUUGCGUCCAAGUGGGCGCACAGUCUCAUUGAACUGGACCUGGCGUGGGCAAAUGUCCAGCAUCCCAUUGAUAAUGCUUUGCGUGCGCUUGCCGAGAAGGGCAGCGAGAGUCCAUUGGCGCACUUGAAUCUGUGCGGCUCAUCAGUUUCGGAGGAGGCAGUCAAGGAAAUACUCACGAAUUGUGUGCACAUGAGCUCAAUUAAUCUAGCAUCGUGCCGCGGCUUGCCACGCGGCGUUAAGCGCCUUAUGCAGGGACCACAGGAGCUGCGCGAACUGCGCGAUGUGCUCGGCGUGGAAAUGAAAGUGCAGUAGAGUAUAUAGAGAGAUAGAGACAGCAGUCAGUGCAGCGCAGUGCAGUGUGUAGCAGCUACUACUACUAAAUUCAAAUCUGACAACAACCUGCAGUUUGAAUCGAAUUGGUAAACGUUGCAUCCUUCACUUAGUUUAGUGUUGUGGCUGUUGCACGACCACAAUAAUGCAAUAGUUGAAAUCGAAAUCGAAAUCGCUUCGCAUCUUCCAAUCAUGCUUAUAAUUGUUUCUUGGUCCGCACCCUUGUGUUUUGUAAAUGCAAUAUGUAUUCAUAAUUUAGUUGUUUCAAGUUUUUCGGCGCAAUAAUUAUGAACGUUGAAAAAAAUCGUAAACUAUAUACAGUGAUGAUUAGAUGAUUUUUGUUUUUUAUGUCAUAUAUAUAUAUAUUGAUUAGAAUGUACGUAGUUAAGCCACUGAUGACCACUGUAUGUUUGUAAAGUAUGUGUGCAUAUUUAAGAUUAAGUUUACAAAGUAAUUUGUAUGUUUUUUGCAAUACAAAAAAAUGAUUAACAAUAAACGUAGUCGUCAAUUCAA